GAAGUUUCAUCGAAAAUUAAAAUUUUGAGUUUUUGUGGGUGUAACAUUAGAAUAGUUCUGGGGAUAUUGCUGAAAGAAGCUCCAUUCGGAACAUUGGUUGUCGAGGAGCAUCUUGUUAGAGGAACUUUGGAAGUGAAUCAAAACGUUGAGGUAUCUCACGGGAAACAACUUCUGAAGGGCAUAAUUCAGCAUGUGAAAGACUGCAGCACGUAUAACGUUGUGUUCAACGAUGGAGACGAGAAAGUGUUACGCCGUACACAAAUGUGUCUCAAGGGAGCGAGACAUUUCGAUAGUGAAUCAAAUUUGGAUCAAAUGCCGCUAUACAAUCCUGAACAGUUUUGUGCUGCUCCUAAACCGCAAACAAAAACCAAGAAAGCGAAGAAGUUGGUUUUCAAAGUUUCGAUGAUCCUUUCUUCCGCAAUUGUCCUUCAUGACGACGAAUCGAGUGAUGGAGAAGUUGAAGCCGAGAAGGAAGACAAGAAAAAGAAGGACAAGAAGGAAGAAGACGAGAAGAAGGAGGAUACUAAUCGCAAAUCCUCGCAGGCUCAAAAAACGGAAGCCAAUCGUUUAGAGGAAAUCCGUGAGAAGGUUGUUUUCGUCUUCAUAGAAAUCUUUUCAAUCCUCUCUGUGCUAUUUUUAUGA